UGUACGGAUACGGAUAGCACCUCUUGUCUCUCGGGCCCCGCAGAAUGCCAGAACCUGACCACGAACUUACGAAGUGCCUACCGCCAGUCCGGCCAUCGCCAGUAUCAGAAAGCCAGAACCCAAUCGAAGCCACUUCCAUCACUCUGCGUCUUUGGGACCUUGCUUGCCAUGCCCAUUGGAUGUCCAGGCCGUACCUAAUCCACUGCCCCUGCAGAUGGCCUCGGCUUCGCUUGGCGGCCUACGGAUACACUGCCAUGUGCGCUUGCUUUUGCUCUGCCGCACCGCUGCACCGUGCCGUCCCCGUCCUCCCUUCGCCUCGAAAAUGGGACUGGCCUACGUCCGUACCUACGCAGCUCUGGAUACGCUGUGCGACUCGCCCUCGGUCCCGCGUUACGUACCCGCCCGCCAUACUGCGAGACGCGACUUGGAAGCUGACCUGGAUUGAAAUGCGGAUUACGAAGCAGCAUACGUACAGAGAUCUACCCUGCGUAUCUUGCAGUCAUAGCCAUGGAUACCGUCACACUCACUGCUGGUCCGCCAUACGAGCUGUGGAAUGGCUCCUUCGGGCCACUAACACUACGUACACCAUCCCCGGCCCCCGCCUGUCUGGUCAAGUCUGCAGCUUUGCUUCUCCAUCACCUCCGCCUUUGAGCGAAUAGGCAGUCGUCCCGCCUCUGUGGGACAGUGGAA